AUGACUAGUGUCAAAAUAAGUACUUGUUAUCUGUCAUUAUAUGGGACAUUUUGUGGACCAGAACAUUCACGUUAUUAAUAAAAGGAAUUGUGAAAUGUUAAUCAUAAAGCAACUGACUGUCUUAGAAAAUUUUAGAACUUGAAAUGAUUGAUUGUUAUUAAAAUGUUUAUAUAGGAAUUUAAUACUUUUUCGUACCAAUUACAGAAAGAAAUGAAAACACAUAAAUUGAUUGUUACAUAGGUGAUAAUUAUCUUUUUAUAUGAUACAUUAUUGACUGAAAAAAAAUGCAAAUGUGUUCCGAUAAAUGUAAAUCUGAUUUUGAAGAACAAUAAAAGGAAAUAAUUUUCGCUUCAAAAAAUGACAACUGGAUUAAAAAAAAUUCUGAUAUUGACCGGUUAUCUGGAAACCAUUUUCUUUUGCAACGCAUUGAAAUGUUGGAAGUGCAUCGCCCAUGACUGCGAUUUAGACCUUGAAGAUAAUUACAAGGCAUCAAAGGUCAAAUGUCAGGAUGGUCAAAUGUGUAUGAAAGUUCGGUACAGAAUGUUUGACAAUGUGACACACUAUGAUUCUGUGAUACGAACUUGUACUGACACUACUUGUGACACAUCCUCUAUGGAAGAUUUCAUCUCGUGUAUAUCCAACCCUGCAAAAUACAUGAUUGGAGGUUGCACGUUGAGAUCUUGUUGUGAUGACAAAGAUCUGUGUAAUUCUAGUAGAACAAUCUUUCCUUUGUCAUAUGUGCGAAUUCUAGCAUUGUGUAUUACAUUUAUCCUGUUCAACAAUUAUAUCAUAAACGAUGUCCAGACGUAGACUUAGUCACACUUUUGUA